AUGGCGCCCACCCCCUCCUCCCGCGUUCCGCACCUCCUCUUGGCCACCCUGCUGGCCUGCGCCCUGGCAUCCGGAUCGCAUCGCGUCGCCUCGGCCGCCCCAAGCGGCCGGGCGUCGACUCCGCAGCGCGAAGCCCACCGCAAUCCCAUGGCGAGGCUGGCCGUCGAGUCGACCGUUGUGGAUCCGAUCGCCGGCCUGAAGCUGGAGGCCAACACGAGCCGCAUCGCAUCGUCCGGCCAGGUCGUGGAAGUCCGAUUCUGCUGCCUGGCCUUCCCGUGGGUGGAUGACUUUGUGGCGAUCUACGCGCCGGCGGACGCGGACCCGGGAAAGACCGCGCCCGUUAAGGUCCGGUUCGCGACGGAGGCCGAGGGAUACCUGGCGACCGGUUCGGGGACGCUGAGGUUUCAACUCUUUAAUCACCGCACCAGUGUGCGAAUCGCAUUGUUGAGGGGGGGAUGGGAGCACCCCAGGGUUGUGGCGUGGGGCCCUGAGGUGGCUGUGGAGAACGUCAAUGAGCCCCUGCAAGGUCACCUGCACCUAACUGGAGAUAACACGGAGAUGCUUGUGCAGUGGGUGACUAAAGACCAGGGCUCCCCUGUGGUCAAAUGGGGACUGAGCUCUGGAGAUCACAAGUUCCAGGCCUCUGCCAAGACUACCACUUACACGAGGAAUGACAUGUGUGGUGGACAUGCCGCGACGGUCGGGUGGAUUGACCCAGGGCUCUUCCACACAGCGGUCAUGACGGGGCUGGAACCGGGAAGGAGGUACUACUACACCUACGGUGACGAGGUCUAUGGCUUCAGUGAGGAGAGUUCCUUCCUCGCUGCUCCAACAGUGGGCCCGAACACAAGUGUCAACUUCUUGGCCAUCGCAGAUUUGGGCCAAGCCGAGGAGGAUGGCUCCACAGAGCCAUGGCAGUACCGUGCUUCGCUCAACACCACCAGAUGGUUGACUCAAGAGGUUGCCAAGAAGGAAUACCAGCUGCUCGUGCACAAUGGCGACAUCAGUUAUGCAAUGGGUUUUGUGCCACAGUGGGACCACUACUUCGAGCAGAUGAAGCCCAUCAUUACUCGUGUGCCCUACAUG